AUGAUGAACGACGAUGGCGACCAAUCCCCAUUCACUCUGCCCCCAGCAUUGCAGCCGCUUGAGGCCAAGUACUUGGAAUAUCAGCGAAAAUACCAGCAGCUUGUGGAUCGCACGACCCCGCAUAUGCUUUAUAGAUGGCUGUCAACUGGUGGCUUGGUUGUGCUAUUUCUACUGCGGAUCGUAUUUGCCCAAGGAUGGUAUAUCGUGUGCUACGCACAUGCUAUCUAUCUACUCAACUUGCUCCUAGCAUUCCUACAACCCAAAUUUGAUCCUAGCCUCGCACAGGAUCUGCGUGCAGACGAAAUCGAAGAGGGAGGAGAACCUGAAGCUUCUACUUAUGAAAAUGCGUACGAUGGAGGAGGCAGGCGCACAGGAAAAGACGAAGAAUUCCGCCCAUUCAUUCGCCGGCUUCCAGAAUGGCAAUUCUGGCUAUCUGCAACAAGAGCAACUGUGUUCGCAAUCUUGGCUACACUGUUCGAGGCGUUUGAUGUGCCUGUGUAUUGGCCGAUCCUGGUUAUCUAUUUCUUCAUCCUGUUCGGUAUUACCAUGAAGAGACAGAUUCGCCAUAUGAUCAAGUACAAAUAUGUGCCAUUUGACAUUGGUCGCAAGGCAACGUAUGGGGCGAAAUAG